GUUGUUAUUCGGGAAACGCACGUGAGUUUGUUGCGCUCCCGCAUUUCGGUUAUUUGAAAUAGUUUUUUUUUAUAUUCGAAUCGUAUUAAAAUGAAGGAAGAAAUUCUCAAACGCCUGGAUAGAGAGGAGAAUGAGUUCAACGUGAAUUUGGCAUACGGCAUGAAACUGUGGCGAUCAAACAGCUUUUACUACAUGUCCAAGUACGAAGUCGUAUUUGAUUAUUUUCUUGAUGGAGUGUGCAAAUUUCAGCAGCAAAAGAUAUCAUCGCUAAGUGAGGAGGAGUUUUGUGGAAAAUGGCGAAUUGUGAACGAAUUUCUGGCUCUGCCAUGCCCCUCGAACGCUCUUCCGGCGGGGGUUAUUUCAAAGCUAAUCCAGAUGCUGUCCAAACUAGACAACGAGAAGAACCCGUUUCACUCCAGGACUCUGCUGGAGACAUUUUUUAUCGUGUCUUUCGAUAACAAAUACAAGAAUUUCUAUAAGUUUGACUAUUUGAGAUAUGGUGAAGCCUUGAAAUGUGCUCUAGGUUAUUAUAAGAAGUAUCUUGAGGUACAUUUUGACAAGACGCAAGAUGAGGAAACAAUCAAAAGGAUUUUGGCCGAUAUUAACAUUUACAUAAAAAUAGCAGGCGAAGAAAAAAAAUGGCAAACGGCAUUCACGUCCGCUCUGCCCUGUAUAUGCGACGUUAUUCUCCAGCUGAAAUCCAACGGACUCGAUUACCAGGAGGAUCUGUUGGAGCUUCUAAAACAGGUAUAUUUUCAGGAUGGGAAAGAAUCGUUGUACAACAAAGUUGCCGAUCUAUCGAAGAAACAUCUCCUGAUGAACCAUUUCGACGCAACAAAGCUACCGCUUCACGCGAUUGCUUUGUUGGUGGAGGGAUAUUUGAGGGCCUAUCGGGAAAUCAAGCUGGACAUUCUGCUGUUCCUCAAAUAUAUCUUGCUCCGGGUUUUUGUGGAUCACGAAAAGUCGCUGCUCUCGGAUGUUCACCAAAUAUUUCAGCUGACAAAUUACGUUUUCUAUUUGUUGAGAAAAUAUUUCAUCAAAGUAGACCAGAAAUUGGUUCAGGAUUUUGAUUUCACGGGAAUGUUCACCAUCAAGCUGAAAGAGUUUCUGGAAAAGUAUGGAACAUCGGAGCCGCAUUUGAGGGAUAUAUUUUCCCUGGUGUGCACCAUCAAUGAUUAUAAUCCGCUCAUCCUGGAAAAGAGCAUUUUCGAUAUCACGUUGAAAACGAUGUUUGUCGCGAAGGGACCGGAAAGUUCGAAGCAAUUCCAGGCGAUGAUUGUAUCGAUGAUCGGGAUGUAUAUGAAACUUAAUCGGAGUGAAAAUUUGCGAGAGGAAUUCUUCCAGAAGCUGGACGAUUAUCUGGGUGAGAAUGAUUUGAACGGUGCGAUCAAAGCUUUAAGAAAAGGAUCCAAGAAGAGAAAAUCAAUGAUUGCUUCCGAAACUUCUCAGAAACGAAGGAAAACUGACGAUGGAGAGCAAGAAGUCGAAGUGCAAAGUGUCGACAGUGGAUUCUAUUUCAAAGUACUGUACUCUUCGGGUGAUGAAGCCACCGGAAGUCGUGUUUUUCGCUUGCAUCUGCAGGAUCAGUUCAAAUCUAUCUCGUUCGCGUGGCCUGACGCGAACGGAGCGUUGUCCCAAGCUAUGAUGGACUACAUAAAAGGUUUGCUGACGAAACGAAGUUUUAUCUUCUGGCGAAAAAUGCAGGAUUAUCUAUCGGAUGUCUUGGAAGCACUUGAGGAGGAUCAGUCCGAGGCAGAGUUGUUCAAGCUGGAACUCGCCACCUGCUGGAUGUGUUACUUUUUCGCAGGUAACACUCUCAUCGAGCAGACUAAUUUAUUCUGGGAAAAGUUGAACAAGUAUUUCGCGGGAUUUGACGAAAUCCUUUCAAAUUUUGGAAGUCUGAUUUUGAACGGAACGCUCCGAGAUUCACGAGUAUUCUCAUCGUAUCUAAAUUUGGUGUAUUUCUACGGAAACUAUCGUCUGCUUGUUCAUUAUUAUCAUCCAGACUCGAUAGAGGAUAGCCAGAAUCACCUCAUCCAUCAAUUCCUCGAAGCCGAUGAAUGGAAGCAGCUGAAAGAAGUGGUACCUUCCUGCGAACGAUCGCGUCUAGAUCGUAUAAUGCUGCAAAAAGUUCGAGCCGCGCAACUAACGAAUGAACCAUUCGAUUCAGCUCAACAGACCCAGCUUGUGGAUAAGAUUCUUGAACAUACAGAAUUUGACCAAAUUCGUUGGUUAUUGCUAGAUAGAUCCACGAAUUGCUGGUUUUUAAAGCUCAUUAACGUCCAACAGAAAGCUUCGCUUGUAAAUCAAUUACUGCGAAACGGGUGCUUCGAGGAGAUAAAAUGCAUCGUUUCACAACUCGAAGAUGAUUACACUCUAUUGCAAGUGAUUAUUGUUUCCAUCUAUCAACAAAUAGUCGAAACUCUUGCUGAGAAUAAAGCGUCCGUCGCGAAAAAGUUCUCGUUCGAAGAUAUAUUUGAAAUUGAUGCAGACAAAAUCAUGGGACGAGUACGGAAGUUACUGGAGAAAAAAGCCGAAAAGAGAGACGAGUCUGUUUCAGUUAAAAUCCCAGAUGAUCUGAAUAAUCUCCUGGAGGUAUUGAGCCACAUAAAAAUAGACGAAACUCCGGAUGAUAUAAAAACAAUUAUAGUUGGCAUAAAUAUUUUGAUUUUCGCCGAUUUGUUUGGCUGCGGUGAAGAUGCGAUUGUCAGUUGUCACAAAAAUAUACUCUGCAAGCAAUUAACCUUCGGAAUGGUUCCCAACCUGUUCAAAUUUCUGGAUGUAGAAACACUUCUGACAGUUUUCGGUCACUCCUCAGCAUUUACAGUAACGGUAUUCCGACAAACUGCCAUCUUCCUAACGGACGAGUCCUUUGAAACGUUUCGGCUUAUUUUGGAGCGCUUCCUGCAGCAAGGCGAGGAACGAUUUGGUUUGGUGCUUCUCAUUUUCAACUGUCUUCAGAAGAAUAACGCCAACAAACGAAAACUUGUGGAAACGGAAAAACUAAGCGAGUUGCUUUCUAGUUAUGUUAGUGCAAUUGAAGCGUUUAUCGCAGGCAAAACAGCGAAAAAGCUAAGGAAAUCAGAGCCUGAUACAUUUAACAAUGCCCUCAAGGCGUGCUCUUUGAUCAUCCGCUAUAAAGCAGACAAGAAGCAGGAACUGUCUGAUGACCUCCGAGAAAUCGUUCUACAAUAUCUCGACCAAGCGUUGAGAGUCAGCGGCAACUCUGCAAGCGAGCUGCUCACCAAAGCCCUCCAGCACAAAGAUUACCUCAAGCUGACCCCAGAGCGAAUAGAAGCCAUCGUCGAAAAUCGAUGGUCCGGAUUUCUGGUGCGCCUACGGGAAGAGGUUUGUGGCAGCAGCACAGAGGACAACGAAACCGACAUUGACGGCAACUUGCAGAUACAGAAUGUGAAAAUCUUUGUCAACUUCCUCACUCACCACCAACCGACGGCGAAAUUCGCGAAGCGAAUGGUUCAACUUGAGAGUGAUGUUACCACCGACAAGAGUUAUGUCGCGAAGCAGAUUAAGUUGAGAGUUUAUUCUACUUUUGCGAGGAAUGCGUUCGCGUCCGGAGUGUCCCAGGAAAUAGAAAAGAGCUUUGUGAGAUCGUUCGGAAACAUGGUAGCGAAUGAGAUCCUUCCAUUGUGUGUUUUGAAAGUAUUCUUCGAAGACAACGGAUGCUUGCAGGAGAUUCUGAAAUGUUUUUCCGCCUUUGUGUCGAACCCUAAGCUAACGCUGGUGCCUUCUGUCAUGGACAACAUGCUGGAAUUCUUGAGUAGCAUCAAUAUAAGGAAAUACACCAUAGUCGAUGGGGAUGAAACCACAUUUUAUCAUCUUCAUCGGUCAAUCAGCGACGUGUUAUAUCUGCUAAUAAUCACAAGACCAAACUAUGUACUAAACAGGCUGCCGCAUUAUUUCUACGUUUACAAUGGAUUGGUGGCAUCAGUCAUCUGUUACAAGGAGGAGCGACCAAUUGAGAAACCUUUGAAUAGUUUUGAGAUCCUAACCUUAUCAGAUCUUCUACUGCCACUGGAAAAGAUCAUGAGUCUUGCAGAGAAAAAGGUUGAAACCAAUCUACGCAUCUUAGCGCCUUACAUAUUGGUUCAGAUUAUCAGCUAUAUCAUUGCGUCCAAGCGCUCGACUACUCUUCACGAGAGGAUCUCCCGAAGCGUGUUCAAUAUUUGCUAUGGACUAAUUGGGAUGUACGAUAAACACUCCUCCGGGUACAUCCUACGGACGUGCGAUGAAGCAUCGAAGAACGUUUACGCGGAAAUGGUGAAGGGCUUCCACAAAUAUCGCUCGUUUAGGGGUAAAGUUUAAGAGUAGGUCUAACGUUUAUAUCGACAAAGUUUAAAAUUAUAUUC